AUGGCUUCCCUCGCUUCCACGCUCUUCUUCUCCACCUCCCUCCUCACCUCCUAUGCCCCCUCCAUCAGCUCCACCACCCGCUUCUCCAUCUCCUCCGCUGACACGAACCCCUCAUGGGGCGGAGUUCCGGAUGCCGUGGGGUUAAUGGAUAAAUAUCUUAAUAAAAGACCUCGAGUUUCUAUCGGUUCUUCUAGUGCUAAUGUUGAGCAAGAACCACAACAAUUGGGAAAUAAUGUGCUCCAGGAGAUGAAGCAUUUGUUAGUGGUGGUUUCUCUAAUUGGAAGAAGGUUUAGAGCUCAUGUUGGAUCAACGGGUAGUGCACACCACAAAGCUAGAAUUGAAUAUGAAAAUUUUGUAAAUCAAAAGCAGAGUGUGCCUUAUAUCGUUAGUAGAGUUGGUUCAAAACAAGAGAAGGAAUAUAGGAUUCGUUUGACUGCAACUCUUGAUGUUAUUCGAUUCCUUUUGAAUCAAGGUUUGGCUUUUAAAGGACAUGAUGAGACAUCAACUUCUUCAAAUAGGGGCAACUUUCUUGAGUUAUUAUAUUGGUAUAGUUUAAGGAAUGAUGAAGUUGGUCAAGUUGUAUUGAAGAAUGCUCCCGGAAAUAAUCAAAUGAUUGCUCCAUCAGUUCAAAAAGAUAUUGUUAAUGCGUGUGCAGUUGAAACUACACUUGAAAUAAUGAAGGAACUUGGUGAUGGAUUAUUUUCCAUAAUGGUUGAUGAGUCUCGAGAUUGCUCGGUGAAGGAGCAAAUGGCUAUUGUUGUUAGAUACGUGAAUAAAAAUGGAGAGAUAAUAGAAAGAUUUUUAGCCUUAGUUCAUGUUAAAGAGACUUCAUCAAGAUGCUUGAAAAUGGCAAUUGAUUUUGUAUUUUCUAAGAUGGAAUUAUCUUUGUCAAGAUUGAGGGGUCAGGGAUAUGAUGAGGCUUCAAAUAUGAGGGGUGAAUUUAAUGGACUUAAAGCACUUAUUUUAAAAGAAAAUCCAUCGGCAUGGUAUGUCCAUUGUUUUGCCCAUCAGCUUCAAUUGGUAUGUGUGGCGGUAUGUAAGGCAAAUCGACAUGUUUCUGAUUUUUUCGGAUAUGUUAGCCCGAUUGUUACAGUAUGUGGAUCUUCUUGCAAAAGGGCAGAUAAACUCCGACAAAUUGAAUAUGAAAGAAUGGUUGAAAGGAUUGAGAAAGGGGAAAUCACUUCAGGUAAAGGUCUAAAUCAAGAAACUUCUUUGCUUAGACCGGGUGACACUCGAUGGGGAUCUCAUUAUCUUACUUUAACUCGUCUUGCAUCUAUGUGGCCCUCGAUAGUCAUAGUACUUGAAACUGUAUUCGAAGAUGGGGUUGAUCAAGAAACAAGUGGCAAAUCUAAAGGGUUGCUUCAAAAGAUGGAAAGCUUUGAUUUUGUGUUUCUCAUGAUGUUCCUGAAACAUUUGUUGGGUAUGAUUGAUCCACUAUCUUGUGCGCUGCAAUACAGAGAUCAAAAUAUUUUGAAUGCAAUAAAUUUGAUAGUGACUGUGAAAGAGGACUUGCAAGUAUUUCGAGAAUCUGGAUGGGAUGAUUUCUUGCAAGAAGUGGAAGCAUUUUGCCGGGCAAAUGAAAUUGAUGUUCCUAACAUGGAUAAAAUUGUUCCAAGAAGAAUUCGUAUGAAGAAUGAUGGACAAAGUAUUACAAACUAUCAUUAUUAUCGUGUUGAAAUUUUUUAUCAGGUUGUUGAUUUAAUUAGUCAAGAAAUGAGGAAUCAUUUUUCUGAGUCCAGCACAGACCUACUCGAGUGUAUGGCAUGUCUUGAUCCAAGAAAUCAUUUCUCCAAUUCCAAUGUCGAUAAACUUGUUCAUCUUGUCACCCUUUAUCCGGAAGACUUUUCAUCCAUGGAGCUUAACUUGUUAACUAAACAACUUCAAAGUUUCGUGAGUGAUGUAAGAAGAGAUACACGUUUUUCAGAUGUUGAAGAUUUGGGAACUCUUUCAAAGAAGAUGGUUGAAACGAUGAAAGAUAAGAUUUUUCAAUUGGUUUAUCGAUUGAUAAAAUUGGUCUUACUUUUACCAGUAGCUACAACAUCAGUUGAAAGAGUGUUUUCUGUAAUGAAAUUUGUGAAGUCAGAGCUGAGAAAUAGGAUGGGAGAUGACUGGUUGAACGACAGUUUGACGGUAUAG